UUAAAACACAUGAUGGUCAACCAGGAAGAAAACAUCAGUUAUCAAGAACUGGAAAACUGUUCUUCGAUAGGGAAGGAAUUUGUUUGGGAUUUAAAUGACAGCAAGUCUGGUACAAUCGUCAUCGUCUUCAACAUUGUUGUUAAUGUUGUUCUAAUGUUCACUGCAUCGCUGGGGAAUGGAAUGAUUAUCGUCACCAUCUUGAGAUCCCAGAACCUACAGACACCAUCCUACUUCCUGAUAACUAGUUUAGCCUUCACAGAUCUUCUAAUGGGUUUGGUAUUUCAUCCGUUACAAAUUGCUCUCAACAUCUAUAACUUGCAGGGCGAUGUUAAGGGAAUAUGUGGAAUGGGUGAGGUAUAUGUCUUCUUGGGAACCUUCCUAGGUUAUGCUUCCCUGUUAAUGAUCAUGACAUGUAUCAGUAUAGACAGAUACUUGGCGCUGAGACUAAAGCAUCGAUACGACAUUAUUGUCACCAAGAAACGAGUUCGCUUACUAGUACUGAUUUUACUCGUGUGGAUUGCAAUAUUUUUCGUAGCUUUUCAAGCGACCAUGAACACAUUAUACAGAAAUAUUUAUGUUAUCGGUGCAAGCCUGACUUCAGUUUUAUUCUCAUUCAGCUGUGUCUUGUACAUUAAGUCUUACAGAUCCCUUCAUCUUUACACAGUCCAAGUUCAAGCCCAACAACCAAACCCGUUGGCUGGGAACUUUGAUGUUGUCAGAUACAAGAAAACUUUGAAGACGAUGCUUUUAGUAUUAGCAUGUCUUGUUAUUUCUUGCGYGCCUAUUGUUUGUGCGGUUGUAGGAAGGUUAAUUCUGGGAAGGCGAACAGGAUUGCUGCUCAUUAUACAAUUGACAACCGUUACUCUUUAUUGCGUUAAUUCCAGUAUAAACCCAGUCAUUUAUUUAGUAAGGUUUGCAGAUAUUCGUAACGCCUGUCUCGAGGGAGGCUCCAGCUGGGGAGACUCAAACUCAAAGGUAACAAAGUUCAAGCUGAGACACACACUGCCUAUAAACCCUUCUUAUUCAGGCUAUUCGUACAAUACAGAAAGCUGCCUUGGUGCAGUCUUGCUGUUAUCAACCUGUGUCUUCURCAUCAAGUCUUACCGAACCCUUAAGCUUUACACAGUCCAAAUUCAAGCCCAAACACCAAACCCGUUGGCUGGGAACUUUGAUGUCAAUUACAAGAAAACAUUGAAGACGAUGCUUUUAGUCUCAGUAUGUCUUGUUCUUUGUUGCGUGCCUAUCAUUUGUGCGGGUGUAGGAAGGGGUUUUCUGGGGAAGCGAAAAGAAUUGCUCAUUWURCAAUUGACAACCGUUACUCUUUAUUGCGUUAAUUCCAGUAUAAACCCAGUCAUUUAUUUAGUAAGGUUUGCAGAUAUUCGUAACGCCUGUCGUGCCACCAUCAGCCACCUUCAUUGAAAUACUAAACGUUAUUUAUUGAAUUAAGUUGAGCAUGAUAUCGUAACUUAUAUCGUAACUUAUGUCGAGACCAAGCCGUCGGUUAUCUGCCGAAGCCGUAGGCGAA